CAACAUCCCUAUCCAAUGACCCCACAAUAUUUUCUGUCUGAACUUGCAUCACCUGAUGACUUACUGGUGGCUGUCUCACAAGUAGACUUUGAUAAUGCCCUAGUCACUCUAGUUCCAAGUGUUACUCAGGCUGAAAUGGAACACCACACUUGUGUCCAGCAUUGCUUUUCUCAAGGUGCAAAUAUUUAACUAGGCUACCCUGAUUAAUGUAGUACAUCAAUAUCAUGUUGG